UAUACCAUAAACUAUCAUCCUUAUUUUCCUAUCGUGUCCAGCAGUCUAUUAUACACAGAAGACCCCGAGCACCAAUGGGCUACUGAGACGUUUCUCCUUACCUCCGUCCUUACAAUAGCCACUCAGAACAGGCCGGAUCAGAAACAUCUUCACACCCGGAUCAGGGGGUAUAUCGAUAAAUUAAUCCUCCGUGUCACCCUUGGUGCUCGGAGCGUGCGACAUGUUGGAACUGUUGAAGGCUUGCUACUUCUAGCUGAGUGGAUGCCUCAUCUAAUGCUUUCCCAGGAUCAGCCUUACAGCAAUAACUCGGAGCAAAGCAAUGCAUAUGACGAAGACUGCGUGGCAUGGAACCUGAUAGGCCUUGCAGUCAGACAGGCAUACUUAUUACAUUUAGACACACAAUCCUUUCCUUUUGAGGUGGAAUCCGAGCCACUUAGUAUGCGCUGCCGGAGACGACUGGCGUGGAUAUUUACUUAUCUCGCCGACCGGCAAAUAUCAAUCCAAAUGGGCCAAGCAUUCUGGUCCCGCGGACCUAGUCUGUCGACCCGAUUCCGCACCCAAGAUUACCCAUCCCUCCAACCGGAGAUCACUGGCGGAACGGAUUACGCAUCCUUUGUCCAGGCUCAAGUAGAACUAACAACUAUCUUCGGAAACACCCACGACAUUCUGUACGCAUUAAAGUCGCGCACCCUACAGAUAAUGCUCGCUGGCGACUACCCCAAAUACCUCGACGAUUCCGCUAAAGCAAUGGAGAUGUGGAAGGGAACCUGGUCAAACGUCGACAUUCCCCCGUCCCUGCGCUGUCUCCUCACCCUACAAUAUCAGUACUUACAACUAUAUGUCAACGCUUUCGCAUUCCAAGCCGUUCUAUAUCGCUCCUCUAAAGCCCUCACCAAUACGAGUCAUGACGACAACGCACCCUUAUUCCCAGACGGAGUCAUGGCCAGUGCCGAUGCUCGCCAUAUCUACGCAGCCAUCAGCGCAGCCAGAGAUUUACUCCAAACAUUCGUCGAAGAGAUAACCCCAUCCGAUAUUGUGAAGUUCCUUCCCGUUCGCUAUUACCUCUACGAAAUUUACGCCUCCGUCUUCCUCUUCAAAGCUUACUCCGUCGGAGCCAUCCCUCCCGACGAAUCCCAAACAUACUUCAACUUAACCCGACAAUUCAUUUCUAUGCUCAAAGCUACCGCUACAAGUCAAAAGCAUAUCGCCCAUCGCUACGCAAAACUACUAGGUCAGCUAUGGUGUCAUGGGAAGGUUACUCCCGAGUUGCACCAGGGUGGUGCCAUCCAAGAGGACGAAUAUACCACUCUCCAGGAGGACGCAGCUGGCGCGCCUGCAAAUCCUGACGGUUUUUUACAGCCAGUCAACGUGGAUACUGAUUUGAUGGAUGUGUUUUCGGGUUCUUUGCCGCUGGAUCUGGGCCGCUCUUGGGAUUCCGAAUUUUAUGAUGAGACGCUGUUUUCCAGUUUGCCGUUCUUUCGUGGGUUUCGGGACUUGGAGGGUGAUUAUGUUGCGUGA